CUGGGCCCUGGCUCUGCCUCCCUCAUGCUCUUUCUCUGACUUUCUUUCAGGGUCUCCUUGUUUUCAGAAGCCCCUCGAGUUGCCCUCCCCUCACCAUGCUGCGCCUGCUGCCAUGGCUCCGCGCCCUGAGCCAGGAGAGCGCACGGCCCUGCGUCCUGCCGGGGCUGGCUGCUAGUGACACGAGGGGGGCCAGGAUGUACCCGAGCUGCUACUGUGCGGGGAAGGCCAAGCCGCGGGCUGUGCUGCUCCCCCUGGAUCCCUACAGCCACGGGCUGCUCCACAGCCUGCCCCCCGACGCCGGCAGGACUCGAGGCCAUGGCAAGAGGAAGAGCUGGAGCUUCAUCCACGAGAAGAUGAGCUACGACACUUUCUUCACCAUGAAGCGGCUGAUAGAGCGGUCGCGGAGUGUGGGGGAGGUGCUGCGCUGGGUCACCCAGAACCCCAGCAAGGUGUCUGCCAGCCACUACCCCAUUGCCCUGCACAAGCUGGGCCAGCUGCUGCAGCAGCCGCAGAACCAGGCCAUGGUAAAUGGAGAACACCGCGGACCCAACCAGGUGCUGGAGCAGCCAGAGUUCCAGGCGCUCUGCCAGGCCAUCAUCAGUGGGUGCUCCAAGUUCGAUAACUUCAGCAUUGUCAAUUGUCUGUACGCUGCCGCGGCCCUGGGCCUCCCUGGCGAGUCGGCCUUGGUGCAGGUGCUGGAGGAUGAGUCCCGGAGCCGCCUGGGGCGCUUCAACCAGAAGGACGUCUCCAUGGUGUUCAGCAGUGUGAUGCGGCUUCACCCAUCCAGCCCCCACCCCCUGGUGGAGUCCUGCCUCAGCAGCCUGGAGCGGCACCUGGAGAAGGAGCGCCACCCACAGACCCUCUUCCUUCUCCUCUCCUACUACCGGCUCCGGGCCCAGGCGCUGCAGGGCCACCCAGCCUCUGACCAGCAGCUGCUCAACAACCGCAAGAUCCUGCGCCUGGUCAGGCACACGCUGGGGCAAGUGAGCGCCGUACGCGAACACGAGCUAGCCCUGCUGGACGAGAUGUUGGCCCUGUGCGCUCAGGAGGCCAACAAUAAGGCCCUGGAGGCCAUCUUCAGCUCGCAGCUCUUCUAUGAGAACCGCCAGGAGCGCUUCAUCCGCAGCAUGGCAGAGUGGCUCCCAAGGAAGGCCGAGAACCUCACCCCCUACACCAUGGCGCUGAUUGCCAAGUAUGUGGCCCGGCACAGGCUGCGUGAGCUGCGCCUGCUCGACACCAUCGCCAACUUCCUGCUGAAGCGUGGGGAGCAGCUGGAGAGCAAGGUGAUCCAGAAGCUGGUGUUUCCCUUCAGCCGCAUGAAUUACCGGCCAUCUAACCACAGCGAACUCUUCCCCAAGCUGGAGGCCAUCCUGGAGCAGAAGGCAGCCAGCUCGCCCCUGGCCACUGUCAACAUCCUCAUGUCCAUGUUCCAGCUCAGGCACUUCCCCCAGGCUGUCCUGCACCAGGUUUUCUCCCCAGCCUUCAUCACCAAUGUCAUGAGCAGCCCCUACGCGCUGAUCAUGCGCCGCUACCUCUCUCUGCUGGAUGCAGCGCUGGAGCUGGAGUUCCGAGAUUACAGCGGCCCGCGCCUCGAUCCACACUACCGGGUCCUCAUGUUCGACCACGCCCUGACAGCUGACGAGGCCAACAGGAAAUACAGUUACAAGGGGCUGGUGGCUGAGGCCCUGAGGCAGCUGGUGGGAGAGGAGUGCUACCGGCAGGAUGAGGUGCUGCCCCCCGGAUACUGCGCAG